AUGCACUAUUGUCGCGUGCAGCUCAGUCUUCUUGAAUCAUUAGACGGUCUAGAGUUGGAAGAUCCAUCUACUCUGUUUGACCAACCUCCCCAUCAAAUCACGUCCGACCUGAAAGUAUGUCUAGAAACUCUGCUCAGAGCCUAUUACUUACGCCACGGCUUCGAGUGUUUCGACACACUUCUCCUCAGCUUCCUCGCCGCACACAUCUUCAUGGAUAUCGAUGAGAUGCCGAAAGUGGAGGAUCCGAACGACUUCCUCGCGCUGCGGUCCAUGGUCGUCCUCCUUGCGAAAGGUAUAUUCGAGCAGGGGCAGAGCUUCUACCUUGGCCAGAUAAUGUUCUACGUCGUGGCAGGUAGACUGCGUCCGGAAGAUUUUGAUGCGCUGAAACACUACGUGAAGAUUGAGGACUCGUGGGAAGUACGGGACCGGCACCUUAAAGAGGUCCAGUCUGAGUGGCCUGUAACCAUCGUAAGUGUCUCGGACAACCCAGAGGCUAAGAGGCUAGGCGACCUAGUGGAGCAGUACAAGGAGGCUUCUAUUGAGAUCUCAAGCCAGGAAAAUACACCAUAG